CUAGUACCCAUCUUGAUCCCCAUUGUCGGCAACGCAGCCGAGCACGCCACGGCGUGUGUGAUGGCUGUAAGGAAUAAGAUGGAUUUAGCCACGGGUGUUGCAAUCGGAUCCAAUAUCCAGAUUGCGCUGCUGGUUACGCCGUUGCUGGUUGUCUUGGGCUGGGAAAUAAAUGUGCCGAUGGGUCUGAAUUUCAAUAUUAUUGAGACAGUUAUCUUCGCUGUAUCUGUUUUAGUCGUGACGGGCACAGUGCAGGAUGGGAAAUCUAACUAUUUGGAGGGAGCCAUGGUG